GAGUUGAGACCAACGUAAAAUAGCAGAGCUAACACUGCUGUCAGUAAGUACUCCAUGGCAUAAGUUGGCACAACCAAUCCCCCCAGUAAAAAGCAGAAUCCAACUUACAACUAGGCUUACUCAUCUUCUGAUUUUCUCAAUGCAAAAGAGUAGCAGCUAAAGCAAUGCCAUAUGGCCACUGGUUGCAAUUAAAAAGGAGGCUGAAAAUGAUGAAUCCAAGAAAAUGAAAGUAGCUGCAACGGCUGUAAUGGAGGCUACAAUACCAUAAACUUCAGAGGAUCUGGGGCUAUGAUAUCCAGACACACCAAACCCAGAAGCGGGUUUUUCAUCAGGAUCAAUAAAGGAUACAGUUGCCUUGCCUUCCUCCUCUUUGAAAAACUAAAGCACCUCAUAUCCACUCCCAGGGAAACUCAUUGAAUCCAGAUCUUCCUUGUCUUGCAUUUUAAAAGGAUCCACAGACCAGCACUGCUAGUCGAUCUUUAUGAACAAUGGGCUCAUAUUGUUUCCUGGGCUUUCUAAACUGGUGAGAAAUGAAAACCCGACCCAACCUGCGCCGUAUACUUCGGGAGAGAAAGACAGAGUCUUGAAGGGGUUUUGACUUUUGACUUUUGAGUAAUAGGGUUUAGUCUUGGGAAGUUGGAGGGAGGGAUCGAUUUGAUCUUGCAUCUCAAGCCCUUAUCGUUCCAGUCGGUGGUCUAAAGGCAGGUGUCCCAAAGUUGGGGUUUGUGCCAUUUCUAACACAUAAAAGGCAUUUAGGGCUGGGGCUGGGGCUGGGGUUUUCAAAGAAAAUGAGUUCGAGCAUGGAGAAUUGCCAUGUUGAUGUUCAAAAUAAGUUGGAGGUGGUUCGGCCUGCCACGGAAGUUUAUGCCCAAGAAGCAAUUGAAGCUCUCAAAGCUGGGAAGGUGAUUGCAGUACCCACGGAUACACUGUAUGGAUUUGCUUGUGAUGCUUGUUCUUUGGAAGCAGUCAAUAGGAUUUAUGAAAUGAAAGGACGUAACCAUACAAGUCCUCUUGCAAUCUGUGUUGGGGAUGUGUCACAAAUACAACACUUCGCGGUCACUGAAAAUCUGCCUCAUGGCUUACUUGAUUCUCUACUUCCGGGGCCUGUUACUGUUAUAUUGAGGCGAGGGGAGUCGAGCGCACUUGAGAAAUCCUUGAACCCAGGAUUGGAUAGUGUGGGAGUCCGUGUACCAGAUUGUAACUUCAUCAGGGUAGUUGCUCGUGGUUUGGGAAAGGCCGUUGCCCUCACAAGCGCAAACCUUAGUGGGCAGCCCAGUAGCCUCUGCAUCAAGGAUUUUGAGAACCUCUGGGACCGUUGUGCAUAUGUUUAUGACGGUGGUGUACUUCCAUCCAAUCGUGCAGGAUCAACAAUUGUGGACCUCACCAGGCCAGGAAAGUACAAGAUUCUUAGACCUGGAAGCGCUAAGGAAGAGACUCUGGCAAUCCUUGAAAAACAUUCUCUAGUCGAGGAAGCUCCGGCGAUUUGAAGAAAACAUUUGAAACCAACUAUUGUGUUGUGGAAUAUCAUCAUCGAGAGAUUCUUUUAAAAAAUAUCUUUAGGAUUUGGGGGUGGGGGAUCCUGGGUUUUGAACCUGGUUCUCUCACUCACAGAAAAUGAUCAUAUGAUCAAGUCAAUGUAUGGCAUGAAUUAGUAACACUAGCUUAGAGUUUUUGCUAGUCAAAUAUAAACAGAAAUAUUGUUGACUGGUUUUUGGUUCCUUUUGAUGCCUAAAAACAACACCCCUGGGUGUUUUUAGCCUUUUCUAACAGUCGACCAUGUAAAAUGAAUACUGAGAAAAACUUCAAUCUUGUUAAACAGAUAUACGGGGGGGUGUAUUUGGUAUUGGAGAGCUGUGAAUCUGCUUCUCUUGAUAUUGUUCUU